UUGUACCAUGUUUCCAGAUAUGCCCCUUCUUCAUGACCCCUGUCGCCCUCUUCCUUGAAGCGGUGCACGAAACACCUCACCCUGCACUUUCUACAGUACGACACACCGUAAUCUUGUCCAAACUGAUCGUUGUUCUCCACAUGUCAUCUGGGAUUGGGUCGCAACACCUCGCAUACGACCAAGUCGGUUCCGGAUUUUGCGGUGUUGGUGUGCCUGGUACAGCAUGGAUGUAUGGAGGUAUAAGCGUUAGAGGCGAAAUGGCGGCCUGUGGCGGCUGGUAAGAGCUGGCCAGACCCCGCCAUCCGCCAGCCUCAAUGCCGGCCCCGGGGAUAGGCGUCAAUUGCUUGCCGAGACUUGCGAGACAUUGGCGUUAGCCCUAACACAGUGCCAAAUUCAGUCGCUACUCUGCCUGUUGUAGGCCAAGGCCAUAGGCUGCGCUG